GGAAAAGAACAACAACAACAGCAGCUAAGAACAGAUCAAUUGGACUGUUCUCUAUUCUGUUUCUUUUUUCUUGCUUGCGCUGACGCAUAUCCCCAUUUUCACUGCUAAUUGGAAACACAUAGGCUUAUCCGAUUGCUAAAAUUAGUGACAAUUGAUUCGUUCUGCCGUUCCAUUGACACUGUCCCUUUUUUGCUUUUCCACUGCCUGGUGUUUUUGGGCCUGUUUGCCGCUUGCUUUGAAUUCUCACCGCCCACUGAGAUUUAGAAAACACACACAAAAACGAUCCUUUGAACGGGAGCGUUGGACAGAAAGAAAACAAACAAACAAGCAAACAAACACACAAAAGCGUCCUUUGGCGUCUCCUUUCCCCUUUGUUGAGUGUAAUUGGCUGGAUAUUAAGGUACUCAGAACUACAAAAUGGAGGGAAACUUUGGCGUAGAUCCGCAAGACCAGGUGUUUCAACAGUCCGGUGUGCUGCCAAAGGUUCGUUCCGCCACGAACAGAUCCUCGUCUUCUGUUUCAAAGAGAAGCCAGCAGACAAUGGCGGUUCCCGCUACACCAAGGAUGUUGAGGAACACUAGCGCGGCAAGCGCUCAACAGCAGCCGCAAGUACAACAACAGGGCUCUUUAUCGAGCCAUGCGAUGGGUCAGCACGAAGAGGUUGCUCAGCAGCAACAGGGCCAUCUCAGGUCGAACUCUGAGGUUGACAGCGUCAAGGCUCAACAGCAGCAGCAGUACACGGGAGCACCGAACCAGCAGCAGCAGCAAACACCUUCACGGUCCGUCAGUCAGAGAAAGAAACACACUGGUACUCAACAGCCUGUGCAAUUCCAUCGUCGCUCCAUAGGUGAAUGGGACUUCAUCAAAACCGUAGGUGCAGGCUCAAUGGGAAAGGUCAAGUUGGCCAAGCAUAGACGAACCAACGAGGUUUGCGCAAUCAAAAUUGUGACAAGAGCUUCGAAGCUGUACGAGAGAAACCACAUGAAUGAUUUACCCCCAAAUUCGUCUCAGGAGAGGCUACAGAGACAAAAAGAGUAUAAAAAGGAGUUGGAGAGGGAUCGCAGAACAAUCAGAGAAUCUUCAUUGGGUAAGAUCCUAUACCAUCCUUUUAUCUGCCGUUUGUUUGAGGUUAAAGUAAUGUCAAAUCAUUUCUACAUGCUAUUUGAAUACGUCUCUGGUGGUCAGAUGUUGGAUUACAUUGUUUCACAUGGUUCUUUGAAAGAACGCCACGCUAGAAAAUUUGCCAGAGGUAUUGGAUCCGCAUUAGAUUACCUCCACAAGAAUAACGUUGUGCAUAGAGAUUUAAAGAUUGAAAACAUUAUGAUUUCAAAAAGUGGAGAUAUCAAACUCAUCGAUUUUGGAUUGUCAAAUAUGUACUCAAAUGAUUCUCUCUUGAAGACUUAUUGUGGUUCUCUAUACUUUGCGGCACCAGAAUUAUUAUCUGCCCACCCUUAUAUCGGUCCAGAGAUUGACGUUUGGUCAUUUGGUAUUGUCUUGUACGUUUUGGUCUGUGGUAAGGUACCAUUCGAUGAUCAAAGCGUUUCCGUGUUGCAUGAGAUGAUUAAGAAGGGUAAGGUAGAGUAUCCUUCAUUUCUCUCCUCGGAAGUGAUAUCGUUAUUAUCGAGAAUGCUCGUUGUCAAUCCUAACAAAAGAGCUCAUCUUUCAGAAGUUCUUUCACAUCCUUGGAUGACAAAGGGUUUUGAAGGACCACCGGCAUCUUUUGUUCCGCACAGAGUACCACUUACCUUGCCGUUGGACCAAGAUGUUGUAGAUGAGAUAGUACGUCUUGAGUUUGGACAAAAUGGAGAACAAGUGAUGGAUGAUUUGACACGGAUAAUAUCCUCAAGAUAUUAUCAAGACUCUGUAUUGAAUUGGAGAUCGAAUUCUCAACAUUUAGAUUCCCAGGAGGGCAUGAACAUUAACCCAACGAUGGGAUUCCACCCACUGAUUUCUAUUUAUUACCUUGUUGAUGAAAUGUUACAGAGGAAGAAGACAAGAGAUUCUGUACUGGAUAUCCCAACUGCAAACGUUCAACAAAGUGAAGAGCAGAAGGAGUAUGUUACCCCACAGAUUACUCAACAAGCUACCUUUUCUGGCGAUAAAGCAGAAGGUGAAUUAUCAACACCAACUCCACUUCCUGAACUCACAUUCCCUGAGGCUGCUCAUACAACCCCAACACAUACCACUUCUCCAAUGACAUUGCGUGAUGACCAUAUAGAGGAUGAAGAUGUAUUUGUCCAACAGCAGGUUAAGAAGGAUGAAUCAGGAAAGGGAUUGAACUCUCUAUUGCGAAAGUUCAGUCAACGCAGAGCCCACUCCAUGAAACGUCCACAAGGUUACCAACAGUCCAAUUCACACUCGCAAUCAAAUUCUAUCAGUAUGAAUGAUGCACCUUCUUAUCAUACUAAACAGUUCCUGGAACCAGAAUAUGGUAAUCCUCGCCGUGUUGGAAGUGUAAAAAUCUCUAAGACCUCACUGAAAGGUGAGGAUGAUACCAAACCGAAGAAUCCAAAGACCCAUACUAGAGCAGUGUCUGCAUACGCGGGUCCAUCAUCUUUGGUUGAUAAUGAAAUUCCUCCACUUCCAAAGCAAUCAAUUGUUGGUACAUCUACCGAAAAGAAGUACCAUCCAACUGCUAGGGCGAAAUCUGUUGGUCAUGCUCGUCGUGAGGAUUACAAAUUUGGCGGGGAUGAAGAAGAGAAGACCCCAUUGCCUACCGAUAUUAAUGACGACGCAUUCUUUGAUGAUAUUACCCUCGAUGAUUUCAAUGGAGAUACACCAAAUGUUCGGAAAACACAAACGACUCAGAGCAAUCACGUUCCAGAUCACGAAUUGACGGAGAAGGAGAUCAUGGACCAAGCUUCGAAAGCUCCACCAGGAUCGAUGCCUUCUAUUGAGCACCCAAGGUCCUUGUUCUUGAAGGGAUUCUUUUCUGUCCAAACGACUUCAACCAAGCCACUUCCAGUUAUCCGUGCUGAUAUCAUCUCGGUGUUGACUAAACUCGGUGUUCAAUUUACCGAAGUGCGCGGUGGAUUCGUCUGCGUACACACUCCUUCUAUUGGUGGACCUAUGAAUCUAUCACCAGCUUCUGAUGUUACUCCUGCAAUCACUAUUACUCAUAGUAAUGAAGAUGAUAUUGUGGAAGAGCAGGAUAAUGGUCUGAUGAGACAGCAAUCAUCUGGCGGUGCUUCCACAGAACAGAGAACUAUAACGCACGACAGUGGAUCCGCUGGUGAGAGUGACCAAAACUCAAACUCUGGAUCGUACAAGAAUCACAGACGUAAGUUUUCCAUCGGAGGUUCCAUCUUGGGUUACAAACGCAAGCAAUCCAUUGGUGGUCCAGCAAUCCCACCUACACCUGUUGCUACGAUCAAGUAUCAAAAUGUUGCCUCACCAACUGCACACCAUGGACAAGGCGAUUUUGACUCCUCUGCGUCUCUAAACUCUAGCAGUGGUGGAAACCCUGAUAGUAUGAUAUUCUCAAGUGGAAUUGAGCAAACCCCAAGAUCUCGCACCGUUUCAAACGCUGUGAAAUCCGAGUUGAAUGAUGAACCAACGACACAAAGAUCGACACAACAUAGUUCCUCAGUACAAGGUCGUACGCCGUUGAAAUUUGAAAUUCAUCUAGUGAAGGUUCCAUUGGUUGGUCUAUUUGGUGUACAUUUCAAGAAAGUUUCUGGUAACACAUGGAUGUACAAGGCACUCGCUGGUCAGAUAUUAAACGAGUUGAAUUUGUAAAGGAAACAAGGAGGUUUCUACGAUAAAAGAACUUGAACUCAGUUUUCGUUUAUAGCUUGAUGCUUGUAAUAAGAAGUUUUGACAAUUGUAUAGU